AUGGGCCUUCGUAACCCAACCGUGUGGCCUGCUGGAUUAGUUUUGCAAGCUUUGCCGUUGGAUUCUAACCAAUGGUUGAGAUACGGUGACUGCAGAGAAGAGUCGCUGUGCACAACUGCAGAGGACCUCGUCUCGGCCGGUGCUUCCUCGUUCCUUCCUUUCUCCUCCCCGCAUUCGCUGCCAUACGACGGCGCCGGAGUUCCGGAGGGACCGGGCCAUCCUUUCCCCUUCUCCCCCAGUUCUGCAUUUCCCUCUUCGCAGACAUUCGAGUACUUGCGCCCGUCGCCAGUUCUUCAGAUGGCCGGAGCGGGAGACGCGGCCAAGGAGUACGUCGCCGGAUCCGCUGCCGGCGUCGCCCAGGUCGUAGUCGGCCACCCGUUCGACACGGUCAAGGUUAAACUGCAAGCUCAUAAUACCACAGCUCACGGAAAGGUGUACAAGAAUGCGCUCCACUGCACUAGUAGGAUACUGCUUGAGGAAGGAAUUAGAGGGCUGUACAAAGGUGCGUCGUCUUCAUUUAUUGGUAUAGCUGUUGAAAGCUCCCUUUUCUUUGGCACAUAUUCCCAAGCCAAACAGUUAUUACAGGGAAGCUAUGAGGUUGGUAGGCCACAUCUACAGGUAAUUAUCCCUUCUGCUGCAUGCAGUGGAGCUCUGAUUAGCUGCAUCCUCACUCCAACUGAGCUCACUAAGUGCAGAAUGCAAGUUCAAGGGAAGGAUGUAAUCCAUGGCUCUAGGUACUCCAGCCCUCUAGAUUGUGCUGUGAAAACAUUGGAAAGUGAAGGGCUUAAGGGUAUAUUCCGUGGUGGUUUGGCAACAUUAUUCAGAGAGGCGAUUGGCAAUGCUGUCUUCUUCUGCACUUAUGAGUACAGUCGAUACUGGAUGCACAACUAUUUGGAUUCUGUGAGAUUUUCUGAUAGCAGUCAUUUCGUGCUGGCAAAAGAUAUUGGGAUAGGGGUUAUGGGUGGUGGCAUUAGUGGAAUGGCAUUCUGGACAGCUACCCUACCGCUGGAUGUGGCAAAAACCAUAAUACAGACCGAUCCGGACCCUCAUGUGAGCCGAAACCCCUUGCAGAUUUUGAGAAUGGUUUAUAAGAGAGCUGGGAUGGGUGGCUGUUAUGCUGGACUUGGACCAACUCUAGCAAGAGCAUUCCCUGCCAAUGCUGCAGCAAUUGUUGCUUGGGAGUACAGCGCUAAGAUUCUUGGUAUAAAACGAGGCUAG